AUGUCAAAGGACAAGUUUUCGCUUCAAGGUCGAACGGCGCUAGUGACCGGCGGUGCUCGAGGAUGUGGGCUAGCUUUUGCUCGAGGUCUAGCAGAAGCAGGGGCAAAUGUAGCCAUUUUUGACCUGAUUCCACCAGAAGAAGCUUUCAAAACAAUUGAAAAGGACUAUGGUGUUCGAACGGCUUAUUACAACGUCGAUGUUUCCUCUCAGGAAUCCCUCCAACGCGGCUUCGAGCAAUUUCAGAGAGAUUUCAAUAAUGCGCUCGAUAUCUGCGUUCCGUGCGCUGGAAUCAACCGCCAUCUUCCGUUCCUCGAAUUUACCUACAAAGACCACCACGACCUGCUAUCGAUCAAUGUGCUCGGGGUAUACUUUACUGCCCAGUUAGCAGCGAAACAAAUGAUCGCCAACGGAACCAAGCACGGAAGCAUUGUUCUGGUCGCCAGCAUGACAAGCCAUAUCGCUGUGCGAAGCCAGCUGUGCAGCGCAUACUGCGGAACCAAGGGGGCUGUGCGAUCAAUGUGCCCGGCCAUCGCAAAAGAGCUCGCAGAAUACGUGAGUGUGCGCGUCCUUCCCAUUUCCGAAUCUCAUCAUAACGCCGAGCAGGAUAUCCGAGUCAAUUCCAUCUCCCCUGGUUACGUCCGAACUGAAAUGACAGCCCCAUUUCCCCAUCUUCUCGAGGCCUGGAAAGAUGAAACAAUGAACGGACGGGUGGCCGAGCCAGAAGACAUGAUGGGCCCAUGUGUCUUCCUAGCUAGCGACGCGAGCGCGUACAUGACGGGGCAAGACAUUGUUGUAGAUGGGGGAGCGACCCGGUGUGUAGAUCAUGAAGGAUACAGCUUCAGCUGUCCAGCCGCCGUGACCACGGUAGUGGUGGUCGGUGCCGGACCGUCUGGUCUGAUGCUCGCGUGCAACCUUGCGCGCUUUGGGAUCGAUGUGGUCGUUCUCGACAACCGACCGGAUAAGACAUCCACAGGCAAAGCGGAUGGCAUGCAGCCUAAGACCAUUGAGACCUUUAAGCAGAUGCGUUUAGCAGAGCCGCUGCUGAAGAAAGCAGCUCGUGUUUACGAUAUUUCGUUUUGGCAAUCAACCGCAGACAAGCCACUCCACCGAACUGGCCGCCAAACCCACUACCCCGACCAUCUCGUUGGGGCAUCAGAUCCGUAUAUACUCCUAGCCCACCAAGGGAUGACCGAAGAGAUUCUGAUCGAUGAUAUGGAAGCCCGAGGUGUUUUCGUUACCCGCAACGCCGUUUUCUCAUCAUGCACCCAAGUCGUAGGCACAGGCCAGCUGGAUAUUACUUAUGAGGAUCUGUCGACGAACUCGGUGAAGAGCAUCCGUGCGGACUAUUUGGUUGGCUGUGAUGGUGCCCGGUCGAAGGUCCGAGACUUUAUCCCGGAUGCAGAGCUGGAAGGAGAAAUGACCAACGCAUCCUGGGGCGUACUAGAUGGCGUCAUCGAGACCGACUUUCCGGACCUCUGGAGUAAAGUGGCGGUUCGCUCCCAUAAGGCCGGCUCUAUUCUGUGGAUCCCUCGAGAACGGAAUAUGACACGUCUAUACGUUGAGCUUAGCGCAACAGACGGCGAACGAGUGGAUCGAGCAAAGGCGACCACCGAAUAUGUCAUACAGCGUGCGAGAGAGGCAAUGCAUCCCUUUAGCCUCACUUGGAAGAGCAUUGAAUGGUUUGGUAACUACGUUGUCGGACAACGGGUUGCGAAGCACUUUAUGGAUCCUGAAAAGCGCAUCUUCAUUGCCGGCGAUGCUGGACAUUGCCACUCCGCACUAGCUGCCCAAGGCGCCAACACGAGUAUGCAUGAUAGCUUCAAUCUCGCAUGGAAACUCAAUCUUGUGAUCCGUGGCCUUGCUAAGCCUUCUUUGCUAUCCACGUAUGAAGAAGAACGGCGCAAGAUUGCUAAUGACCUGAUUGAUUUCGAUGUCGAGCACUGUAAAGCUUUUGAACAGGGAGAAUCCGCAUUAGCGAGAAACUUCGACGAGAACAUCCGAUUUAUCUCAGGCGUGGGUGCUGAAUACUCUUCGGGAUUGUUAAGUCGUACCAAAGGCAUUGCCGAUACGCCCUUUCGACCUGGGUCAUUGCAGCUCCCGGGCAAAGUUACAAGAUAUGUCGAUGCUAAUCCCGUGGACAUUCAGAUUGAUAUUCCGCUGUUGAGCCAAUUCCGUGUCUACUUCUUUUGCCCAGAUGCCCGAAAAUCAUUGCAGUUCCUGCAUACUCUCUGUGAGGGUCUGUCAAGCCAGACUGGACUCGGAAAAGCCCUUGCUGGGGCCAAUCAGUCGUACGCUAAGAAACCUCGACGCUUGGCGCCGGUGGAUGAGUUCAUUUUGCCCCAGAGGUACACUGCGCUGUCCGAAGCCUUCACUUAUGCGAUGGUUACUCGUUCUCCCAGAUCGGCCUUUGAAAUUGCAGACUUACCACAAGUGCUUCAAGACAGCCGAUGGACAUUGUACCUGGAUGACGUAAACAGUCCUUCUAUCACAGACAGUUGGUUCGGACAAUUGGAUGGAAAGAAGGUUGGGAUUGUGAUUGUUCGUCCAGAUGGUUAUUGCGGAGCGAUUGAUACUUGGGAAUUAGACAGCGCAGAGCAAGCAGGGCGCUGGGUAGAAGACUACUUUUCAUUUAUGCUAUGA